GACAGGCAGAGUGCGGCAGAGCUGAGGCAGGUCAGCCGGAGACUGAAGGUCAGGAAAGCAGCUAUUCAUCCUACGAGCAGAGUCACAAAGAAGCACACGAUGGCCGGUGAACAGCGUUUUGUGAUCAGUGCCCGCAUUAUUGGAGCCGUCCUCAGGGACACACCAAAACUCAAGAUGUUUAUGAUAUCUGUGUUAUGGUCUGACGAGACUGAAGUGAUUAUUUACAGGUCCUUCCAGGAUUUCAGAAAAUUUCAUAGGCACCUGAAAAAGAGGUUCCCUCAUAUGAACCCAUUCCGGAGAAACGACAGAGUGAUCCCCAAAUUUAGAGGGAAGGCCAGGAGGAGCAGCCUCCAGCAGAAAGGAUCCAAGCGAUCUGUCCAACGCAUGAAGUUCCUGGAGAGCUACUGCGACAAGCUGUUAAAGUGCGACCAAACUGUGACUCAGAGCUUGGAGGUUGCACAGUUCUUCAUGCCCAAAGACCAGGACCUGCAGCCAGACUUCACCAAGAACAGCAUCAUGAUCCUGCUGUCUGAUGAUCUGCCCGAUGGCUCAGGUGGGGGAGGUGAUGCGACUCGUCAGCAUGCAGGCAGCGUCACUCACCCGUUUGUCACCCAGACUUACUGCUGCGUGGCUGCUUAUGAGACGAAGGAUACCAAGAAUCGUCCGUUUAAGGUUGCUGUGGAUGAGAAGCUGGAUGUCCUGAUCAAAGACCCUGCAGGUUGGUGGCUGGUGGAGAACGAGGAUAAGCGUUUGGCUUGGUUUCCUGCUCCCUACCUGGAGUUAUGGGAAGGAGAGGAAGAUGAUGACGCUGGAUUCCAGCUAGGAGGUGCCCUGUACUGUGCUGUGAGGAGUUACUCGACUAAGAAGGAUGACGAGGUGUCUGUGCCCAUUGGCUCUGUGGUUGAGGUGCUACGGAAGUCUGACAACGGCUGGUGGCUCAUCAGAUUCAAUGGCAAGGUGGGUUACAUCCCCUCCAUGUACCUGCAACCAUACAACAACCCACGGGCAGGCCUUUACAGCCUCCAGAGAAAGCUGCAUAGCUCCACUCUGAACCUGGCAACCAGCAGGGAAGCUCAGGCUUCUUGUCCACCCAGAAUCAGCGAAGAGAACAGCCCACAGCUGGAUCCUGCAGGUCAGUCCAGAAGAGAGUCCAGUGUGCCGGGGCGUCUCCACAAGGCCCAGUCCCUGGAUGUUCUCUCUGAGACCUGGUCGCAAGCGCAGACAGAGAGGGACAUCUCAACCUCAGACGGCCGCAUACGCAGCAUGAGCAACACAAGCACCGAGCUCAGCUUCUCCAGCAUCUCCUCAAGCAGCGAAUCGUCCUCAAGUUUGAAAGAGGAAGCACAGCAUCAUCGUCACCAGCCUGAUGAGCGCAGCAGCCUCUCCGACCGCCGCGGCUCCAACACUAGCUCCGAGAGCUCUGCAUCUGUCACGUCCAAAGGCAGUGAGACGGCCUCAGUGGCUCCCAGGGUACCACCCAGACCCAAAACCGAGGAGAUCCUGACCCGCUGCACCACCAUGACCCGCAAGGCAGCCCUGGCCACCAAGACCCGGCUUCAGAUUCAGAGUCCAUCCACAGCUACUAGGGAAUGACACUGUGGCACUUUACACUACAAAUCCUGGACUGAGUUAUAUUCUUAAUCAUACUCUCUUGUUUAUUGAAAUCUUUUUGAUUUAUCAUGUAAACAUGUAAAAUAUUUAACCUCUUCAACCCCGCAGACCUUUCCACGGGUCUGUCAGUCAAAUGUGCAGCAUUGUUCAUAUCUCUCCUAAUUCUUGUAAUAGCAAUGAUUGAAGAGAUAGCAGCAGUGGCAAGAUAAAUGUAUGCUGAAUUCCAUAAGAUAAUGUCUAGGAAUUUUCCAUUUGAUCAAAUGGAGCAAGGCAUCUUAGGUUUGAAUAUUUCACUCAGUAUAAGAAUAAUGUAGCUUCAGUGAAGCGUUAGAAGGAGCAGGUACAAGUAAAUUUAUGUGACAUUUUCAUACAGUAGUAAAGCUAAUAUUUUGUUCCACUUAAGGGGAAAUGUAAGUGGAUUGUUGAAGUUGAAGAGGUUAAAUAUUUACACUGAACUGUAUUUUAUGUAUCCCUCGUUCCUCACACAGUUUGUACCACGGAAAUUAGUGCGGAACAGUUUGAUGACAGAUAAAAAAGAUUAUAUAUCACUAAAUUAUUAAGUGCCUUUAUUUGCUGUAUCAUUCACAGCAGUACUUUUUACUAUGUUAGGCCUAUAUUUUACCAGCUAUUUACUAUAUGUAAAUAGUUUCUCCUAAUGGAAAUGAACUUAUGGCUUCCAGCACGUGAGCCUGUAGUAAACAGACUCACACCAGUGAAUAGACUGAAAGCCUUUUGAUCAACUGCCAAAUCAGAGCAUUACAAUCUGAGGUGUGGUAAAGAAGCUGUCAGCAGACAGAGAGGGAUGACUUAUGAGCAUCCUGCCACAGCAUUGUUGAUUACCUUCUAUUUCUGUUUUGUUGCUUAUUGUAUGAAUAUGUUGUUGUCUUUUUAUGUACUGCAUUAUCACCUUUAAGAGUUCAUGUGUACAAGUUCAUAUUUUACAUAAACAGGUUAAUAAAAUCCAAUUUUCACUAAAGUAA